AUGGAGGGUCACAUGGACAAUGCACACUUGAAAGAUAACCUUGGCAUGAACAUUUUUGGUCUGUAUGGUGAUCCAUGGAAGAAGCUGAGAGUCAAGCUGACUCCAAUGUUUACUUCUGUUAAAAUGAAGUUGAUGUUUGAGACCUUAGUAGAGAAAACAAAGGGUUUGGAGGAAUUAGCGAGACGUCACGUAAAAAAUAACGAACCUCUAGCCAUAAAAGAAGUUGUAGCUAUGGAUAUAGUUGCUAGCUGUGGGUUUGGGAUUGAGUCUAACUGUUUGAUUGAAGCUGAAAACGAGCUCCAAGAGAUUAUUGCACAAUGUUUCACUUUCUUCGCCGCGGGCUACAAGACAUCCCUAACCACCACAACUUUUGUUUUGUUUGAAUUGUUCCAGAAUCAAGAAAUCCAGGAAAAACUGUUAAAGAAAAAGUCCUUUUUGACCCUAAGAAAGUACCCUCCAGUACCAAUGAUUCCCCGAUUCUGCACGAAUGAUUAUCAAGUUCCUGGUACAGAUGUAUUAAUUAAAAAAGGAACCCAGGUUCAAAUUCCAGUUUAGGGCCUUCAAACCGUUUCGGAAUAUUCUCCAAACCCGGAAAAUUUCGACCCGGAAAAUUGUAGUGCGGAAAAUAAGUCCAGAAUCCCGGAAAUGGCUUUUAUACCUUUCGGAGAAGGUCCUAGGUUAUGCCUCGGUUUGCGAUUUGGAAAGUUACAGAGCAAAGUUGCUCUGGUGAGUUUGUUGAGGAACUUUAAGUUUACUCUGAGUGAAAAACUCAAAGUCCUGUUGAGUUUGAGAAAGUGGGUAUAA